CUGUGCCGGGGCGGGCCGGGGUCGUGGCGCGUCAGCGCUUCCGGCCGCGCCCGGGGCUGAGCGGGAGCAGCGGCCGGGAACGGACCGGGAACGGGCUGGGAACGGGCUGGGAACGGGCUGGGAACGGACCGGGAACGGGCUGGGAACGGGAGAAGAAAGAUGGAAAGCAAUCCCGUUCUGCUGGAAUCCAAGUCCUCUCCCAUCAACCUGCUGAACGAGAUGCAACAGCUGCGGCUGCUGGGCCACCUGUGCGACGUCACGGUGAGCGUGGAGUACCAGGGCGUCCGCGCGGAAUUCCCGGCGCACAAGGCUGUGCUGGCGGCCACCAGCAAGUUCUUCAAGGAGGUUUUCCUCAAUGAGAAGUCCGCAGACGGCCCCCGGAGCAACGUGUUCCUCAACGAGGUGCAGGUGGCRGAUUUCGCCUCCUUCCUGGAGUUCGUGUACACGGCGCGCGUGGAGGUGGAGGAGGACAGGGUGCAGCGCAUGCUGGAGAUCGCCGAGAAGCUCAAGUGCCUGGAUCUCUCCGAGACCUGCUUCCAGCUGAAGAAGCAGAUGCUGGAAUCCGUGCUCUUGGAGCUGCAGAACUUCUCGGAAUCKCAGAAUUCCGAGGAGGAAGGUGCCACCCACCCAAGCGUUGCAGCAGCGGUGGAGGCUGAGCGGGACCCUCUGGAUUCCCCCAUGUCCAAGCCCAGUCCCGGAGYGUCUCCUGAGGGGCCAGCUGCCAAGCCCAAGGAGAAGCUGGACAAAAAGAAGGAAACGCCRAAGGCUCCUUAUGCCAAGAUCCGCAGAGCGAGCGGGCGGCUGGCGGGCAGGAAGGUGUUUGUGGAGAUCCCGAAGAAAAAAUACACCCGGAGGCUGCGGGAGCAGCAGCAGAACGCAGAGGAGGAAAAGCAGGACGAGGAAGGGGAGCGGGAGCCGGAGGAGAGCUCYGGCAAAGCCGAGAGCUCCUCUCCGGAAAACCUCCCAAAAGCCGAGGAGGACAAGAAGAAGCGCGGCGGCGCCUUCAAGUGCGGCACGUGCGAGAAGGAGUUCCUGUACGAGAAGAGCUUCCUGAAGCACGUCCGGCAGAGCCACGGCAUCGCCUCGGAGCCGGAGUUCCGCUGCGAGACGUGCGCGCAGACCUUCGCCAACCGCUGCAACCUGCGCAGCCACCAGCGGCACGUGCACAGCAGCGAGCGCCGCUUCCCCUGCGAGCUCUGCGCCAAGCGCUUCAAGCGCGGCAAGGACGUGCGGCGCCACGUGCUGCAGGUGCACGAGGGCGGCGGCGAGCGCCACCAGUGCCCGCAGUGCGGCAAGGGGCUCAGCUCCCGCACCGCCCUGCGCCUGCACGAGAGGACGCACACCGGRCACAAGCCCUACGGCUGCCCCGAGUGCCAGGCCAAGUUCUCACAGCCCUCGGCGCUCAAAACCCACAUGAGGAUCCACACGGGGGAAAAGCCMUUUGUGUGUGAUGAGUGUGGGGCCCGCUUCACCCAGAACCACAUGCUCAUCUACCACAGGCGCUGCCACACAGGAGAAAGGCCUUUCAUGUGUGAAACGUGUGGGAAAAGCUUUGCCUCCAAGGAAUACUUGAAACACCACAACCGGAUCCACACGGGAUCCAAACCUUUCAAGUGUGAGGUUUGCUUCCGGACCUUUGCCCAGCGGAAUUCCCUGUACCAGCACAUCAAAGUCCACACAGGGGAGCGGCCGUACUGCUGUGACCAGUGUGGGAAGCAGUUCACGCAGCUCAACGCGCUGCAGCGGCACCACCGCAUCCACACYGGGGAGAAGCCCUUCAUGUGCAACGCCUGCGGGAGAACCUUCACCGACAAAUCCACGCUCCGCAGGCACACCUCGAUCCACGAUAAAAACACGCCCUGGAAGUCCUUCCUCGUCAUUGUGGAAGGAGCAGCAAAGAACGACGAGGGGCACAAAACAGAGCUUCCUGAUGAGGAAUAUGAGGUGUCCCCUAAAAUCCCAGAAAAGCUGCUGUCCUUCCCAGAGAACAGCCCCUACCAGAGCCUGGCAGCUAUGCCGGGAAGCGGGAAUUCCAGUACGGACUGUAAGGCCUCAGGAGCACAGGAAUCCCUGCUGGGAGAAUUCACCGUGCUCCACACGCAGACAGACUCUGGGCAGCCCCAGCUCCAUGCCCUGGUGAACAUGGAAUAAUUUGGGAUUGCCUCCUCCUCCUUAGGCUGCACCCCUUGUACAGUCCUUGGCCUGAGGGAAGCUGGUGGUGGGAAGCUAGGAAAGAGUGGAUUUCCAGCUUUCCUCUGGAAAUUCCUUCCCCAGCUCCAUCUCCUGGUGGUCAGGCAGGSUGGCACUAUGCCAGGGAAUUUCUGGGAGUUGAUUCCCUGGGAAUUCAGGGGGUGGCUCAGGUAUCUUGGUGRUGCAGGUUUGUUUUCCAGGGAAUUCAAUGCCACAAGGACAAUCAGGAGAACCAAUGUUUCUCCAUGACAUUUGCUGCAUUUUCCCCAGUGGAAUUCCAUCCAGGAAAAGCCUGACUAAAUUUGCUUUUCAGGAAAUGUUGGUUUCUCUCUGCUUUUGCCAAAGAUCACAGCAGUAAGGCAGCUCACUCCUUGGGAGGAGCUUGGGAGUUUCAUUCCAGGAGUUUGGCGUCUCUGAGCAGCAAAAGAGGCAGGUGGGAGCCAAGCACUGCUUCSUUGGUUUUACAAUUUCCUAGAAACUGGAGCAGUCUGGCACUUGGAUUCUGUCAGUUCUCACCUUCCAGCUGCUCCAGCUCCCAUGGAAUUGGGCAUUUAAGAGACCAAAUAUCUCCUGGAAAAAAAGUCUGGGAAAAGGCUCAGUUCAGAGGCUUUUCCUGCUCCAUUUUAGCAGAAUAGGAUUUGGAGUUUUUU